UCCAUCCUUCCCAUAUUUAAUAUUCAGUCCUGGCAAAGUAAAGUUAUACCAAAAAUCUGGUCCCAAAUCCAUUAAAUAACGUUGCUAAUUCCAAUCGCAUUAUUUUUUAUCGGUCCCUACGCAGUCUACGGAUGCACGGAAGGCGAAUUCUCACCACAUCCAUCAGACUGAACCAAAUAUUUGGUUUGCAACCAUGGCUGCUGUGCAAAGGCGGACAAAUUCUGUGAUCUGACAGCAUAUUACUAUGUAGAUUGUAUCCUCAUUGACACUACCAUAUUAAAAUUCCAGCUCGAUUGGACGAUUUCUAAAAAUCCGUAUGGGUUACCCCGUAGGGUGUUUGAAAUUGUUGCAAUUUUAUUUCAUAAUUUUCUAUUACAAACCAUUAGCUAUCCCAGGUACCAAAUUUCAGCUUUCUUCGACUGCUUUGGAUUUUUGGAACAAAUGACCCGCAUCUCUAAAAUGACCAAAAUAGGUGUGCCGAAGGUCGAUCGGAACAGUUUAAAAAGAGUUAUACAAGACGGCAGACAGACAGACAGACAACACGGGUUCAUAAUACCACAGUGCGGGGGAAAAAAUAUUAAGAAUUACGCGUAUGCAGAUCAGCGAAAACCCAUUAAUCCCCGUGUUGUCCAUGUACGCACUUAAUUCCUCAUAUUUGACAUGCACCCCGUGAGCAUAGGUUCCAUUUCGACAAUACUCCCAAUUGGCCACGGGAGGUCAUCGAAUCCACGCCCCGUUUACUUGAAAUUUGAAACAUUCCCGAGCAAAUUGAUUAAAUUUCUACCACGUGGAUGAACCGGGGGCGGACCGAGGUCGAAGUGGUAGGCUGCUGAAAAUUGGAUAAUUGCGAAAAUGAUUAAAUUGAGUGAACUUAUAACUGUACUGGGAAGCAAAUUAUACUGACCAAGUUUUAGACGGACGUGAUUUAAAUGGAAAGUUAAACUAUGUGUAUAAUUGUUUUAAUGAGUAGAUAAUUUAAGCAACAAAUGAGGUUUCACUUUUGCAUUGUAUGGCCAAUUCUUUAUGAUGCAAAGUAGAAACUUUUCUACCUUUUACAAUUUGCUACCGUAGAAUUAUCUCAAGGUGCAUAAUCAAAGCUAUUUUACAUCACACGAAAGGUAUGUUUGUAUAUUACCGAAUUUGUAAAUUGAAUCCAGCCGCUGAUAAGCUGUGACGAUAAAACCGACAAGUUAAUAACUGACACAUAAACUUAGCCCACACAUUUGGCUUGAUAAGGUUCCGACGAACCUAAUAAGUUUUUACGUAGGGUUGCCGGAAGACGAGAUGAGACGAGAUAUACCACAUCUCAUCUCGUCUCACCAUUUGCUGAGAUGCGACGAAAGCUAAAUGAGAUACUCAUAAUUGAAGCUCAUCUCAUCUCGUCUCAUUAAACUUGAGAUGAGAUGAGAUGAGACGAGAUGAGACACGUAAGGACUAAUAAAGGGUGUUCGGGCCAAAACUGAGACGCUUUUGCCUAAACAUUUUAAAAUGCAAUAUGAAAAAAACUACUAAGAAGAGUAUGAUAGCCUGCUAAUUCUGGAGAACUGAACUAGAAGUGAAGUAAAUCUAGAAGGAAAUUGUCAUAAAUCUCUAAAUGUGAUAUUGAUAUAAAAAUGUCAUUCAACUUCUUACAGAAGUGAACUAGAAGUGAAAGUAUUUAGUAGUUGGAGCGUGAAUAAAUGUGCCCCGUGUUCUACACGGGCAACAGCCUAGUAAUAUACAGUAAAUUCAGCUGAGGUAAAUUUACUACCUGUGGUAACAAAUUUAAUUCCAUUGUGCUUGAGCCGUAUAUACAUAGGCACCGCCAGUAAUAUCGUUUAUUACCGACUUAUUUUGAGUGUAUGUGUUCCUUGCAUACGUAAGUUACUUUACAGAAAUUCAUGAAAAAUAGAGAAUCCAUAUUUUCGUUUAAUUUCGACAUUUACAAAUGCGAUAUGCAGACUUACCCUGAUGUCCAUCUAGAUUGAAGGAAAUGGGCAAAACCCUCCUCCAUCUGUAUACAUAAUAAUUAACCUACAUUAAGGUGCAUCCAUUAAUCUUUAUCUAAGUGGUUUUUAUCAUUAGUUCAGAUCAAUAGGUAUUUAAGUAGGUCACAGUUCAGUGAGAUGUGUGUCAAAUGUGUAAAGUGAGUAGCGUCUGUUUGCCCUUCGGCUCCUUAGUUUACGAUGGAUCCGAAAAGUAGAACUUGCUCGGUCAAAGUAUUCCUAAUCAUUUCCCGAUACUUGUGCAUCCUACCCUUGAAGUUGGAUUGGGGCAAUGUAAAAAUUCCCAUAAAAUGGGUCAUCGCUUCCGCCACAUUUUGUAUCAUUUCGUUUUCUAUCUUGCUUCAAUUAGUUCCAUUUUUUGUAGCUUGCUCGGAAUGGUAUAAAAGUCCGGAUAAUAGAUCAACCGAUAAAAUAAUUUUUGGUUGUUACAUUUGGAUAUUUUUCAUUCAACGGUACCUCUGGCAACCGAUGGGAUUUUUGAAGACGAAGAAAAUUCGAUCAUUAUUAGAAUCAAUGGCUAAUUUGGGACUACUUGGAAAGGAAUCUGCUUCAAUAUUUAGUCCUCAGUUUUACAUUCUUUCAAUCGGAUCUGUUAUAAAUGCCUGUACAAUGGUGACUGUCAUAGAGAAGGAUUUAGAAAAUGUUUUCGCUUCUGCAGACUUCAAGGAUUGGAAGAUUUUGCCGUUAAAUAUUUUGAUUCAAGUUACCGGGACGUCUAUCACCGGGCAAAUAAUCGCCCAUUGGACCAACAUCCAUUGUGAUGCUGCAUUUACAGUUUUUGUUUCAAUUUUCAUCUUCUUCCAUCGUUCCAUUCGCAAAGCACUGGGUCAGUUGGAAUUCCACUUAUUACGCGAUCAUGCCGUCAAUUGUCCGUACUGUGACCGAAAGACGUUCGGUCGACCAUAUUACAAGGAACCAUUAACCAGGUUGCGACAACUCCUCAAAAUACUGCGGGAUGUUAAUGAAGUCGCGGAUCAAUUUAUUUUUAUCUUUGUCACGUCAUCUAUCCUGAUUUUGAUUACGGCUGUGCACGUCCUGUUCGUGACACUGAUAAGGCUCAGCAAUGUUCCGGCCGGAGAGCUGCAGGGUGUCGUGGUGAAGCAAACGGCAGCAAUGGUUGUGAUAGUUUUAUGUGUUAUUUUGAAGAUUGUCAUACUCAUAGAGGUUGGACAGGAUAUUAAAAACGCGGGUGACCAUUUUACCAGUACGCUGUCUGAACUUGGAGUUGUUGAGAUGGGAAAUCACCCUCAAUUCUUCGGUCAUUCGAUUUGUCCACUUAUUAAAGAAUUAAGACAAACAGUAUCCCUCCACACGUUUGAAAUUCACCCAAGUAACUUUUUCUCGUUGGAUAGAAAACUAAUUACGACGACAAUUAGUACUGUAGUGUCGUUCGUGAUCGUUUUUGCGCAAUUGAGAGAAUCGGAGAGAAAUGCGUGAGAAUUGAUACCGGUUCCAAAACUAACCAAAAUGUUUGAUUGCAGAUACAAAUAUUGAUUUUAGGGGGUGGACAUAUUAAUUAUAAAUAAUCGAUAUAAUGUCACAUAUUGAUUCAUUCUAAGUGUAUGUACUUAAUUUAAUUCACAACUGUAUAAGCUUUGGAUCAAUUUGAUCGAUUUUAUUACUAAAGAAUUUAACUAUAAAGCACCAUAAACUUUCUAAAAUAUUACUUCCUAGAGCAAAAUUUGAUCCCAAACAUCUUAGUACGACACAUUAUCCGUACAUAAUUAAAAAGUCGGGCCCCUUAAUUUAGCUUUGGACAAUGUGCUGAGAGGGGAAGCAUAAUUAUUAAAACGGGUGGUAAAUGAGAUCCUCGUGUGACGCGACUUUGGUUACUUUUACUUGUGGUUUACUUGGUCGGAUUAGAAAUUGUACCUUACAAAAAUACUAGCCGGACCAACCGUCCUACUUGGACAAUGAGCAUUGGGAGAGUUGCAAGGAAAAGAAGGAGGAAAUUGUAGAUAUUGAGUUGAGUUCAAGGUAGGACAGGGUAGUCUUAAUUAAAUUAGGAUAACAAGACGGUCUGACGGUUGAAAAUGGUUACAAAAUCAAAGAAAAGAAAUGUUGAGAGGAUCAUUUACAUUUAAGCCGAUUAAACAAUCAUAUCAAGUUUGCAGAGUAGUUACAAAUAUAAAAUAAAGAUAAAAUGUCUUAUGCAAUCGCUCAAUCCUAGUUAUUUUUAAGUAUGUUAUAACCAAAUAUUUUUUUCAAAAGAGUGAGAUUUAAGGAUGGGAACACAUUAAAUCCAUUGGUAUGAAAUACAGUGUGUUCAAGUGAUAUAUUUAGGCUUUUAAAAUUCUCUAAAAAAUCAACCACUGGGUCGAUUUUUAUAAAAUUAAGUUUGUUUGGUAGUACAACUAUCAGAAGGCAUUUUGAUACAAAUUUUGAGUUUGUAAAGUUUUUUUGGGAGGUGGUGGUGGCACUUUCCCAAAAAAACACCAAUUUUAACAUGGGAAAUCCUAUCCCAAUUUAACUUGGUUACAAGGAAAUUUUUAACUUUUAGCUGUAAAAUUGUGAAUUUCUGUACUGAACCCGAAUUCGGGGUGUAUGUACAUACAAAUGAGAUGUAGUGGCCGAAAGUAAUGUUUUAUUACAGUAUUGUUAUGCUUUAUGAAAUACGAAAUAUAUGUAGCAAUCUUUUUUAGAUUUAGAAUUUAAUCAUGUUCCAUCAAUCAAAAAUGGUGUAUGAAUGUGUAUGGAUGACGCUAGCAAAGCCGUCAUCCAUCUUUCUGAAGAGGUUGUAUUGCUUGUGAGUUUUUGUGAGGAUUAAGUGCUUAUCAGCGUCAGAGAUAAGCAUUAUUGGUAUAACAGGCCUCACAAUUUCUCCAAACAAAACUAAAACACUAAUCACCAAGAGUAUCCCACAAGUGUAGAAACUUGUCUAAACUUGUUUCCAAAAGAGAUGAUGAGAUCUUAGUUUUUUACGUUCUUAUUUAAUAAUUCAGAUUUGACCUAUAUUUAUAAUAUAAAUUAGACGUCUUCUCUACAUAGAAAGCAAGCAGUGGUGAUUUUCGUUGGACAUAUGUAAAUACCGCGGAAAGCGAAGUUAGAUAAGAAGAGCCACACAUAUAAUAUGUCAGACGAUGGAAAAAAGUAUAAUAAAAUAUCCCAAUGCAUACCAGAAAUCAAAACAUGAUUAAAUAAAUAUGUAUCAUCACUGGGAUUAACUGUUUACAACAAAACUCAGACACAAAGCAAGUCAGCACAUACAUAAAUAUACCGGCUAACCAACAGGAAAUGUAAACAUGCCGCUGUUAUAAAUACAACCGUUUACUAUUUGAAGUGACGAAAAUACAAGGUCCAAAAUAAUCAAAGUUUGCUUCCUGUGAGAACAGUAAGCAUAGAUUAGAAAAGUUUGUUGUUAACUUCCUGCUAAUGUCGGUUGAAAAAGUAUAAAAGAAAGAAUCCCUGCCACAUUCUUUCAAAAAAUCGAGUCCAAAAUGUUCCCCUUCCAUCGAAUUAUUGGUUUUCUGUUUGUGGUAGCUGUCGUAGUUCUAACAUUCCUAUUUGUCCCGGCUUCACCUCCCGUCGUAAAAAAUUAUAAUCACAUAAGUGGCGGAUUUCUCAUGAGACACUGCGUUGACCCUGGGUCUGUACCGAAAGACACGAAGAGCUGGAACAAGUUUUAUCGUAGUAAGCUGUUCCAAUAUAAUGCCUUCGUUGCCUACCAUCUCAUGAGGACAUUUAAGCAGCCCAAGCUCCGGAAGGUUCACCACUUUUUCGUUGUGACGGCGGAUGAUUUACGGAAUGCAUUUUCCCUAUUCAGCGAGAAAGUUGAGCGUGGGAUCUACAACAGUAGUUUUCCAUUCGACACAUUCGAGUUGAGGUUGAGGAAGGACGGGGCUUACUCCGUGAUUCCCUUGGGUAAAAAGCUGGCUCAAUGUGUUUUGAAUCCCGAUUGGCAGCCUGUACAUCUUGCACAAGUAAUUUAAUAUUUUUCCCCUCCCCAUAUUGAAAGUGCCAUAUAAAUUUCUCUGACCAUGUGUGCCCUGAAUGACCGUUCAAAAUUAGACCUCAUGGUAGAAUUUAUCUUUUUAAAAAUUAAUUUUAGCGCAGGAAUUCAGUUUACAUGAAAAAAGGGAAGAGGUCCACCGUCGUUAAAGAAACCCCUUUUUGAUGACUGUUCACUGAAGCCUGUCGACGGUGAGGACUGAAAAGUUCGUUACAGACCUAACAUUUUUGCCAUUUCCCGUAACCUUCAGAUUUAGAAGGGUAUGGAUUUAGUAUUAAUAGCUAGAUUUUAGAAGUUUGUAUAAUAAUUACAAUUAUAAAUAGUUGCACUCUUAGAAAGCUGGGAUUGAUUCAAUACCGUGUGGUAUACAUAUAUGACUUUACCGAGUUGGAAUUGAAAGCUGGUAUAAAUUCGGUAUUAAAAUAAUACUUGACAGUAUUAUUUUCAAUACUAGUCGGUAUUAGAUUUUUAACCACGUAGUAUAGACCUAAUACCAGAUCAAUACUACGCGGUAGAGUCACAUAUACCGUCGAUUAUUGAUUUUAUUAAGAGUUUAGUGCUGCAUAUUUUUGUGAUAUGUCUACACACUUGAAAUUUUGGGACCUUCUCAAAGAUUCCUUGAAACCUCAUAAUAUUUUGUGAAGGCAGAAAAAUCUGACGAAAAAAUAAAUCAAAUGGUAAGUUCAGAUAGUUUGUUUGUUGACCGAUUUGCAAAUUUCCUGCACAUUCUUCCUCCCGUCAUUACAUGAAUUUAUUUUGUGUCCUGGGAUACAUUAAAGUUUUAAAUAGUUUGUAUAUUUAUUUAAACCUACAAAUAUACAUUUUCGAGUAUAUGAUUACAUCACGUGAUUUACGUGUCUUGAUAUCCAUCCAUGGAUUGGGUAAGCAAAGCGAAAAUGAUGCCAUGCACAAUUUGUUUGUAAUUGUUAUUACACUGCAAAUAAUUUGGUUAUAAUCCGGAGUCGUAACGUAUAUGACUAUACAGAGACGCGCACUACAUUUGGUAAAGAUUUUGUAAUAAAUCUUUACCAUUUUGGUAAUAAUUUUUACGACUUUGUAGUAUAAAGUUACCAAUUUGUAUUAAAUUAUUUACCAAAAUUCGUGACGUGUAUGACUGCAAAAUUAUUUAAUCGAAAUGUUUUUUUAUAUAAUAUGCAGAUAACAAUAAUAUGAUGGAUAAUUAUGUAUGGUAUUGGGCCACAGCAAAAAGGUGAAGAUUCGCAUCCUUGGAAAUGCUGAGCAUUUAUGGAACCCAGUUCAUGACUACACUUCUGUAGGAGCUUAUGUUCCGUAUACUCUGAGGUUGAAAUCUGAGGUUGAAAAUUUGAUAUGCGAGUGUUACUGUAGAAAUUGAAGGUUAGAAAUUAAAUAGUAUACGAUAUUUAACACUGAUUUAUUUAUUUAGUUAUUGAUUUAAUUAUUGAUUUAUUUAUUUAAUUAUUGAUUUAUUUAUUUAACACUUAAUACUGAUUUAUAUGUAGAUAUCUUUAAGUUAGAAAUUAUAAGAUGUGUUAAUGAUAAUUCAUUUCUAGAUGGGAAAAAACUAUGCAAAAUUAAGUACAUACCUAAGUUCGUAAUUAGGUGAUAAUAUUUUAACCAGUUUUAUGAUCUGAGAUAAAUAUGUUACAAUAAAUAGAUGGAAAAUUUAAUAACUGAACAUUUUAUUUUGACCAGAAAAAUCCAAAAUUUUAAAUUUUAACUCUCGUAUGUAUUUCCUCAUAGCGAAUGAAUUUAAGGAGUUCGAGUAAUAUAAAAUAUUUGAUGGAGUAAAAACAUGUCUCAAUUAUUCACGUAAACAUUUAUAGAUAAACUACGA